GGCGGCUGUGUCCUGCUCUUUGUGGGCUGCACAUGGUGGGGUGUCACCCCGAGAGCCUUUGUUUUGCAUGUGUAAGAUCCCCUGUCCAGUAACCAUUGAUGUCUCUUGCCUCUGGGCUCAAAGGCUGGGCAACCACAGGGCUCACAGGACUGCAGGGUGCAGCCCAACCCCGAGCCCAGCAGCCAGGAGGCCAAGCAAACUCCCGUGAGUGCCGAGAAGUUGGGACGUGAUGGGACAGAAAGCCGCGGGGUGAUCCCCAGAUGGCCGUCCGCUGGCCUGCGGGGCCCUGCUGCAGGCGACCACCCUGAAGUGUCUGUCUCUUCUAUUAAGAAGAGGACCGAGGAGUCCUCUUAACCUCGAGGCUCUUUCAUGUGACUGCUCGGGGCUGCUGGUGAAUAGGGACGAAUUGCGAGGACCCAUCUCUGGGAUGCUCGGUGUUACCUCCCCGACUUCCACCCCUGAAGCACUACCGACACCGGCUUUAGGGGUAUGGACUCAGGGACAGGUUUGUGACUUGGACGUGGCCAGUUACCCAGAGGGGUUUGGUGGGGACCUGGGGCAGUGGCAGAAUGACCAGAGUGUCCUUGGGCUUCUGGUGGCGGCUGUGAGAAGGGGCAGCGCAGUGACCUUGCGGGACUGGAGCAGAUGUGCACCAUCUACGAUGUCACAACAUGUGGGGGACGUUACAAAAGGCCAGGAGGAGGCUUUGAGCCUCACAACCACUAUUCGGGGUCUGACAGCCCUGUGUGACGGACAGGACCACGCGGAUGUGGGUAGCGACCAAGGACCGAGCAGUCUGGGGGAGCCAGUGGAAGCCAUACGCUGGCUUUUCCACCUGCCUUGCACCCCUGCUGCAGGGCUAUGAGGGGGCAACGUAAGCAACUGAGACGGAACCACCCUCAGCACAUGGACAGGAGCUCACGCAGGCCCUACGAGCUGUGACUGAGCCCCUGGGAUUGGUCGUCAGUGCCUGCACUGGGUCAACCGGGGGCAACUAGUCAGCACCCUCCGAAUCCAGCAGUGGACACCGAGGGACCGAAGGACCGUUGUCUACCACCGGUCAGGAUGACACCUUGCUGUUGCCCUGGAGAGGGACCUAUGCCCGGAGAACACGUGGCAACACAGCCCAGAGGCCGGCAGGGAUGCAGCAGUCACCCGUCUUGGCACCGGCACUCCUAGGGAAGAUAUAAAUGCCACCUCCCGCCUGCAGGCUUCACGGGCACUCUCAGGGGCUGGUGUCACUGGUCAUUCCUGCACAGACAGCCCACCAUGGCCUCAGACCACCAGACCCAAGCGGGCAAGCCGCAGCCCCUCAACCCCAAGAUCAUCAUCUUUGAGCAGGAGAACUUUCAGGGCCACUCGCAUGAGCUCAACGGGCCCUGCCCCAACCUGAAGGAGACGGGAGUGGAGAAGGCAGGCUCUGUCCUGGUGCAGGCUGGACCCUGGGUGGGCUAUGAACAAGCCAACUGCAAAGGGGAACAGUUUGUGUUUGAGAAGGGUGAGUACCCCCGCUGGGACUCCUGGACCAGCAGUCGGAGGACGGACUCCCUCAGCUCCCUGAGACCCAUCAAAGUGGACAGCCAGGAACAUAAGAUCAUCCUCUAUGAGAACCCCAACUUCACCGGGAAGAAGAUGGAGGUCAUAGAUGAUGACGUGCCCAGUUUCCACGCCCACGGCUACCAGGAGAAAGUGUCUUCUGUGCGGGUGCAGAGUGGCACAUGGGUCGGCUACCAGUACCCCGGCUACCGCGGGCUGCAGUACCUGCUGGAGAAGGGUGACUACAAGGACAGCGGUGACUUCGGGGCCCCCCAGCCCCAAGUGCAGUCUGUGCGCCGCAUCCGUGACAUGCAGUGGCACCAGCGCGGCGCCUUCCACCCCUCCAACUAGCACCCCAUCUCCUCCUUUCUGGGGGGCCUGGCCCACUGCCCAGGAUCCCACCAGUCAUCCUGGCGAGUGAAUAAAGUGUGACUUGCAA